UGACAGGAAGACUCAUUCCACUGACUCAGCUACCUCUCUUUCUUUGUUUCUCUGUGACUCUGCAGCGACUCAUCCGCCAUGACUGGCCACGCCAAACCUCUAAACCCCGACGAUUUCCUCCUCAAUUACGACGACAACGAAGUCCGCAUCGCUGCCGAAUUUUUGUCCAAUUGGUUGCCCUUCUUAGCUCGCGGCCUCUGCCAAUCUUGCACCCACACCAUCUCCCACACCAUCCGAUCUCUCCACACAGAACGGGAUGCUGCUGUUUCUACACCAAGUAUUAACUGCAAGGAAGAUUCGGGUAACUGUAGUGCCCGUUCGGACUGGAUUGCAAAAGACGGUGCAGAUAACUAUGAUGAUGAUGAUGGUGAUGAUGAUGAUUCACAUUCUUUGGGUAGUUGGAAGGAUGAGGCGGAUCGAUUAUCAGAACAGACUGUUGAAGCAUCGUCUACAAGCGAAGUGCUAAACUCCUCAGCACGGCAACAAAGCCCUAGGUUUAAAAAGUCUUGGGCAGAUAUGGCUAUGGAGGAUGAGCUUGCAGCAGAAGAAGACAAUGAGGAUAGCAAUGGGCUUGUUGAGGCGAAUGAUUCUUUUUCAGAGGGAACCUCCGUGGCUGUAGCUAAGCCAAAGGUGGUAUUGUCAAGGGAUCAGAGAGAAUACAUUCGGUUCUCUGGAGUCCAAAGGAAAAAGGACUUUAUAUGUUUGGAAAGGAUCAAUGGAAAGCUUGUAAACAUCGUAGAUGGGUUGGAGCUACAUAAAGCUGUCUUCAGUGCAGCAGAGCAGAAAAGAAUUGUUAGUUACGUUGAGGAGCUUGAAGAGAUGGGAAGGAAUGGAAAAUUGAAAUCGCGCACAUAUACCGCUCCUCAGAAGUGGAUGAGAGGGAAGGGGCGUAUAACUCUUCAAUUCGGUUGCUGUUACAACUAUGCCACAGAUAAAAGGGGAAAUCCACCAGGCAUCCUCAAGGCUGAAAUUGUUGAUCCGUUGCCUCAUUUGUUCAAGGUUAUGAUCAAAAGGCUUGUCCGGUGGCAUGUUUUGCCGUCUUCUUGUGUGCCUGAUAGCUGUAUCGUGAAUAUCUACGAAGAAGGGGACUGUAUACCGCCUCAUAUUGACAAUCAUGAGUUUGUUAGGCCAUUCUGUACAGUCUCGUUUCUUAGCGAGUGUGAUAUACUUUUUGGGUCGAACUUGAAAAUAGCUGGCCCUGGUGAAUUUGAAGGUGAUUUUGCGAUUCCCCUGCCACUUGGAUCUGUUCUUGUAUUGAAUGGAAAUGGAGCUGAUGUGGCUAAACAUUGCAUCCCAGCCGUCCCUUCCAGAAGGAUAUCGAUUACCUUUAGGAGAAUGGAUGAAACUAAAAGGCCAAUCGGGUACACUCCUGAACCAGAUUUGCAAGGGCUUCAACCAUUGCUGGAUGAAGAGGAAAGAUUCAGAAAGGAUAAUGCUUCAAGAAACAGACGUGCUUCGAGAAGGCCAGCAGAUGGAAGGGAGUCCAGGAUAGAUAGGGGAAGAGGAUUGGCUUCGGAAAACCCAAAUCCCCGUUAUUCAGGACGAACAAGACAAGGCCCUCCAAAUAGGAGAAGGUUCCAGUCUAAUCUGGAAUAUUGAUGAGUGAAAGAUCUUUUAGAGUUGGUUACUGCAUUCCCAGUGGUCUCAUAUAUAUUCGGAUAUUCCCCUACAUAUCUGUUGAGCGACUCUCUGUCGCCACUCAUCAGGUAUCAUCUAAAUUAUCACUGGAAGCAUCUUGGUUUAAGGUUAUUAUGAUGCGUGUGCUUUGCGUAUAGCUACAGCAAACUGUUGUCCGAGUCCUGUUCCUUACUUAAAAGAGUCAAUGUUAGUUAGGGGGUGAAUUUGUGAGUGGGUGUUCGGAUGCUCUGUUGUGGUAUUUGUGCUUCCUAUUUCGAAGAUAGGACGAUAUGAUGACGGUGUUCAUCUCCGAGUGGUGUUAAUAUCGCAGGCUCAGCUGCGAAAAUGAGUAGUUGAAUUCGAAGUUCGAACCUAGAAAGCUGGCUGGAAUAUAAGAAAACGGCUACAACCAUUCAAGGGGAAAUUCAUUGAAGAUUGUUUUUCAAUUAUUUUUUUCUUCCAUAAUUUGCUUGUAUUUGAGGAUGGAUGAACACGGAUAUUUAUUUAAGUCGGUUUUUUUCAUGACUGUUAUUGUAUUGAGUUAUCAGUUUAAAUAAGUAUUAGGGAUUCUCCGAA